AUUGUGGUAGAAAGUGGGGCUAUAUGAGGACAUCGAACUGCACAUGAAAUGAAUUAUCGCAUCAGAACAGUAUUGUGAAGAAAUUUCUCAUUGAUUUUUCACAUCGUUGCUUCGUACAGAUUUCCAGCUCUGCUCCCUAACUUGUUUCCCUGAUACGCGGAUUUCAUAGACCAAUGCAAGGUCAUCUUGAACAUAACAGACAGGAACCAGAGACUUCAAUCUCUUCACCUGCCCAUAUGCUGUCACUUGAUACGGUCAACGACUGCCCUGUUUGUACACCACUUGAUUCGCCUGAAUUCCAGUUCUCGCAGCCAUUAUAUAGCCCUGCCUUCGGACCGUCGCUCGUAACCGCUUGGUCUCCGUCUCCAAUGGAGGCUGCUGAACUGCAGCUUCUGGCUGACAAUAUCAUACCUUCAAUAUCCCAGCCUGCAGACAUCAUGUGGCAGACAAACUCACUUGAGAAUACCACGUUGAACCCAACGGUCCAAAUCUCAACGGAUUUCGAGGAUGGCAUCAGUUAUUGCAACAAUGAUAAUAAAGAUAAUGCUCCGUGUAAUGAAUCGUCCCAACAGAAUAGCUACAGGCUAUCUUGGAGUUCUUCGUCCGAACAAAGCAAUAGUUGUCCAACCAUAUUCAAGGCUCAUACAGCUCAUACGAGAAUGACCACAGCUGCAAAUGGGAACGGCAACGGAAGCAGGGAAUAUCUUGACAUGGAUUCUGCCUCUCAUCGAUCUUGUACCAGGAGAAGAAAUUCUACUAGCAAAGCAAGAUCGAGUUCUGGUUCAGAAGCCAGGAAAUCUUUCUCUCUGGAUGGAACCGCGAAACACAAUAUGACAGAGAAACGGUACCGCUCGAGACUUAACGACAAAUUUGGGACGUUGCUUUCCACACUUCCACAAAGUCUGGUCGCAGAUAUAACUACCACAAAUGCCAACCCGGAGCAUGGCGAGAAGAGAGUCAGCAAAGCCGAAGUCCUCAUCCUCGCGAAAGAACAUAUCAGGGCUUUAGAACAAGCCGCAAAGACUCUCGAGGAGGAAAAUCAGGCAUUGGUGGAGGAUGCGGAAAAGCUUGGGAGCGCCUUACUUCGGUCGAAUGGUCGAGAGUAAAUAUAUGGGGUAGCUUAACUGUGCUGGUACUUUCAAACGGAUUGGUUGGAAUAUCGAAGCGGCACCGCUCUCAUCAGUGUCGAGCUUCAUGUCGUUGUUCAUUAUUCUGCAAGUCUCCUUAUCACUUCUGAUAGUGUCGUUGUCCACGCUCUUGCUCGCAAAAUAUCGUCGUAUCA